CUUGAUAAUGUCUUCAUCGUUACCUAAUUCAUAAAACAAAUUAUAAAAAUAAUCACAUUCACAAUUCUGUGUAUUAUUGCUCACUUACGUUCGAUAAUAGAACAAGGGGUGACAAGAGGAGAAUGGAAUGUAUCCGACCGAGGCUACCCGACGUCCCCCGAAAUAUUUUCGUUUGGCGCUAUAAACCCAUGUACUGAUCUAGCCUCCUCAUUUACCAGUCGCCAGCUUGAGUUUGUUUCGAGAAAGGGAGGGAGCAGAUUGUAGUUAGUCGAUGAACCAAUUUCUUAUUGGGUGUUUCCUGUGAAAGUUUUAUGUCAAGCGAAUUGUCCAAACUUGAAAAUGGCUUCAGUAGAAAAUGUUUGUAGGUUGUGCCUAUCCAAUGAAAACCUAGUCUCGGUUUUCGACAAGAGGUUUAAUAGUGUGAACGAUAUAAAAAAUGUGAUACUCAUUACAACAGGAGUUGAGAUUUACGAAAAGGACGUAAUAUCCCAGAAAAUAUGUAAAAAAUGCUGCCAUAUUUCCAUUAAGAUGUUUCAAUUCCGGAAUGCGUCUCAAGAAAAUGAUCGAUAUCUUAAGGCAAAAUACAAGGAAAAGCUUGAUGCGUCAAAUGUAGAAUAUAAGAUUCCGAACACUUGCAUUACGAUAAAAACACAAAAAAAAGUAGAACCUAAGAUCAAAACUGAAGCAGUCGAAAAGCCAAAUUAUAAAAUUCAUCCAAGUGUAGCAGCUUUAUAUACAGUAUACCCCGGAUUGAAACUACCUACGAUUUGUUUUAAAUGUAAUAUUGAACCUACCGUCUCAAUGGAAAUGAACGCAGUGGAAGAUUAUUUGAAAAAACAGAAGGGUCAACAAACCUACACAGGAACUAAGCAUGAGAAGAAAACUGCUAAGAAGAGUACAUCAGCGUCUACCAAAAUAACUAGUACCUCUUCCAUUGACACACCAACCACUGAUCCUUUAGAUAUAUUUCCCCUUCCUCUUGUAAAAACAAAAACCAAUGAAAAAAGUGAUAUCUCAAUCGAAGAUAAAGUUCAAAAACAAUGCGAGUAUUCAAUAGUCAGUGUAUCAGGAAUAGUAAAUAAUGAAAAAUCUUCGUCCGAUAGUGAAAUGAGUGAAGCUGAAAAAGUUACCAUAAAAUUAAAGAGGAGAAGGCUUACUGACAGUGACUUUUCUUCAGAUCCUGAGACGAAAGAUUCUUCCUCAUCAGAACCACAACCUAAGAAGAAACCAGUUGGUGGGGCUUCAGAUGAAUUGUGUCUAGACAAGUCCGAACGUUUAUUUAUAUGCAGUAUUUGUAAUUCAGUCCAUAAUAGGGUUAGAGAAUUGAAACGGCAUCGACUCAAACAUAUGCGAUGUCAGUUUUGCAAAUCGAACUUCAAAACAAUAAGUGCAAAGAUUUCUCAUGUAGCUCAUGCAUGUCGAAUCAAAAAUAUGAUGAACCCUUUACCAACGGUUAAAUUAGAUAGAAUUGAGUUGGAUCAAAGAAUCAGAAGCAAGUAUCCAGAUGCCUUCAAAGACUUUAUUUCCUCUCCAGGCCUUCAAUUAGAGCCUAGUGCACCAGAAGAUACCACCAAAUGUAGAGUGGAUGAUGUUGUCACCAAAGAAGUUACAGAAGUAUUGUUGGACGAGAAAAGCACCUAUUCACCUUGUAAAAAUGAUACAUCUACAGAUUUCCAAGAAGCGAAAACUAUACCAAACGUUAUAGAAACAACUGCAACCAGUGAAUCAUUAUCGACAAAAUCAACAGCUGACGGAGUAUCAAUGGUUACAACUCCUCCCGUUGUUCCUACGAAGACUGAAGAAAAUGAUAUUCAACUUUCUGUUUCGAUAGUGAAACCGGAUAUUAGAAUUAAAAAUACUAACGUUUUGGAUAUUUUUGAUCCAAAACUUCCAGUUACCACACUCAUUAAGGAACUUCUGAUUGGGUUCUCAGCAUUUGAGUUCGAGAAAGAGGAAUAUUGCCAGACAGAGUUACCUUCAAACAAAUCGAUAUGUGUCAAUGAAAACAAUCAAUCAACUGAGUUGAAAAAUUUGAAAUCCUCCUUAUUGGUAUAUAAAAUACCUAUUAAGAUUAAGAAAGGGCCUUUCCAAAUUGAUUAUGAUCACAGUACUAAUAAUUCACAUGCACAUUCGCCAAAGAAGCUUUGUCUUUGGAAUGACUUGACUCCCAUAGAUGUAAAAGUGGGAUCUAAUAUCAAUCACUGUAGGACUUCUGCUUCGCCGAAUAUCACUACUCCUGGGACUGCACCUUCAGUCAAUUCUCUGCUCACCACACAACCUAAUCAAGGGGUAUCCCAAAAUGGAUACAAAUCUUCCAUCAUUGCACUCUCUGGGAUGGUUAAUCAACUUGCUUCUCAUAGUACCACUUCAGAAACUCCUCUACCAAACUUGGCAGUGUAUCCACAGACCACAGCCUUAAACACUUUCAAUACCCCAGUGAUAUCUUAUUAUUGUGUUCCUAGUAAUGGUGUAGCUGGUACAUCUUUGACGUACGCAGAUCCAAGAAUAGAUCCUUUCCAACCUAGUAUUCCUGCUCCCGUUGUACAGGGUCUCACUUUCAGAAAACCAAGAGUGAAUAUUGAACGGAAUACAGGACGCACACACAAUCUAAGUAGAAAUACUACAACUGUUCCAGAUCUUAUUUCCAAGAAACCAUGUAUAACUACAGAACAAAAUGCAGGACCUGUUAUUUAUCUGAGUGGUGAUUCUGUUCCCAGUGUUACUUUCAGCAAAUCAGGAAAUAAUAUGGAACAAUAUACUAUACCCCUACUGAGUAGUUUACCAACCCAUAAUACGAGUAGUCCUAAUGUCAAUCCAUUCAGUAUUUCAAAUGUGCCAGUUCACAGGAAAAGUCCUCUGGUCAAUCAAAAUUCGACAGAUAUUACUUCUCGUGUAAGUUCUCAGAGUGUUCCAGUUAUUCAAAAUAAUGUGUCUGAGUCACCUUCUCAUCCCUUGCCUGCUACAACUUCAUCCGAUUCCAACAAAACUGGACCAGUUUUUGGUACUAUCAGAGUUAAAAGUGUGUGGGAACUCAAGUGAUAUAUAUUUUAAUUUUUUUAUAAUUCCGUUUUACAUAACCUAGUAUUUGUGAUAAUAAAAAUAAACGUUUAUUUUGCCCAUUA